GUCGAAAUAAACCCAAACAACAGGCCCCUGAUCCAUUGUUCAAGUCUUGAGCUUUACAACGAUUUAACGAAAACUGAGCCCGUGGUUGUUCUGAGCUUCCUUUUUGGGUGCUGGACCACAACUCGUAUAUCAAUAUCUAAGAACGAUCAUAUUAGCGAACUUUAAACUGACUCUAGUCCGACUCUUCGCCCCCUCUACUAAAUACCGCGACCUUUACAAGUGUUUGCUCUGGUGUUGGC